AUGCGAGGAAAGAAGCGAUCACGGAAAGGCUGCCCAGAAUGCCGCAGACGCAAGAUCAAAUGUGACGAGCGGCAACCCCAGUGUGGUCAAUGUCGGAAGGCCAAUCGCAACUGUCGACUGCAAGAUUCGAUAUUCAGGCAGCAUGAAUUAUCGAUUCGGUUUAAUGACUCGGUCCAAGGUGACCAAGAAGAUGCCAACAACGUGAAUGCUACUUCUGAGACGGCGUCAAAUGCCCCACUUCAGAAUGAUGACGCUGGUAAACAACUGAACCCUUCAUUUACGGCUGGCUUUUGCUGA